AUGGAUGAUGAUGAUGAUCUCUGGGGUCCGCCAUUUGGUACAUUGUUUGGACCAAUUCUUAGUGCUUUGUACAAGACGAUACUUUUCGCAAGCAAACCUUUCUACGAGGUUGUGAAUUUUGAUGUGCUCGAAGAGAAUUUUCAGAACGAAAGGUAUUGUGAGCUAGUGUGGAGGAUAUUGAAUGAGAAGAAGCAAAUUGUUGAGAUUGAUGAGCUUGACAAGGAUAUGGCUUCCUCUGGGACCGGUGAUUCGCGCGAUAUUGGCUCUUCUGAUUCGGACAAGACCCGCAGUGCUGUUCUUCCAGAUGCUGACACAAGUUCUGGAAAAUCGGCUCUCGAUGAGGAUGAAAACACAUCCGGUAUCAGCGAUGCUCAAACUAUCGAGACCAGAGAUUCUAGUACCGACAUUGAAGAAAUAGACUCAGAAACAAGGUUAAAGCCUCAGGAGACGGCAGCAAAUGACCCACCAACAGUUGAGGUUGCAGAAGAUGCAGACACCUCUUCAAGCCCUGUGUUGGCAAACAAGAUAGAUGAAGCUGAAGAACAUUCUUGUUCAUCCUUGGUUACUGAUCAAGUGUUUGAUCCUAUAAAACUAGCCCCCGAGAACAAAUCUUCAUCUCCUAUAAGCCGAGAGAAUAUUGGAGGUUCCACUGUGAGGCCCUUGGCCUUAGAGACCAGAGAAAAGGCAAAUGCUACGAACGAAGAUGGAGAAACGUUGAAAGAUCAUCAGCAAAGCAAUAGCUUCCAAGACGUCAUAACUGUUUCUGAACCUUUUACCACAGAGUCUCUCUUAGAAAUGUGUGAUGAACCGGACAAAGGCAGAGAAUCUCCAUGUGAUAAGAGAAGCAAAAGAUCACAUCCUGAAGCUGUGAAGACUGUCGUUAAAGACGAGCUGAUCAUAAACUUGCUUAAUGAGACAAGAAAAAAGGCAGAGAAUAAAGCAUUGUUGAAUCCUGGUUCAGUCUUAAUAAAGAAGAGAGAGAGCAAAUCUAACAGCAGCGACAAUAAAGGCGUGAAAACAGGUUUUAUCAGAACCACCAAGCAGAAACUAGAAGGUGAAGCUGGAGAGAUUAAUAUUGUUCCAGUGAAAAAAUCAACCCAGUCAACGCCUAAGAUCAUCAGGGGUGGUUCAAAUGUUCCUACACAGCAUACAGAUUCUAUGUUGGAUUCGAUAGACCGAGUUAUCGAAAGAGGUGGUGAGACCAUGAGUGACUCAGUGAUCUCGAUAAGCGAUUUGAAGAACAAGACAGGAAAGGAAUUAAGAAGCAUAGGAAAAGAGCUGAAAGUUACACAUUACUAUAAGCUCAAGAAAGAAGAACUGCUUCAACAGAUAAUCAUGCAGCUAACCGAAUGUACAAAGCAGAGAAUGGAGACAUAA